AUGAUUGAGUCUGCUGGCUACUCCGUAAAGUUCAAGUUCAACGUGGAACUCUCCCAAUCUGAAUUCAGUCAUAUUGCAGCUAGUAUUGAUGUGAGGGCACAAAAGCAAACGCGGAGAGGCCCGACCUCAUGGUGGCGUUGUAGGAAUCUAGCUGUGUCUAGCUCACAGCCUCUUGACCUGGGGAGGAAGGGCUACCUAGGCGAGCUCAAGAACCGCUCGUGGCUUUCGUGCGAGGAAAAACCAAGAACGGCUGCUUGCAGGACGAGAUGUGAUAGUGGCUCGGAGAAACUCUCACCCACAAUUGUCGAUACUUGGUUUUUCUGUGCGCUUGUUGAACGCCUUCCUACUAGGCUCGGCCAGCAAGCCAUCUGGGGACGUGAAUUGGUUCUGCACUUGGAAUAUUUGGUUUUUCUUCGUAUCUGCAGAGCGAGCCUCGCGUUGGACUACUACACCUUCGAUAGAGGGGACGGUGCGAUUUGCCUGCGCCACUUGGCAUACGCCAUCGAUUAUCUACAAGAGACUGGGGGACCUCUCGGAGGUCAAGGUAGUGUGAUCUUCGGCGCUGCCAUCCCACGAAUCUGGGAAGAUCUCCUUCGACCCUGUUAUGUCUUGGCUGUCUACCUGGCCUUUCCUUGUUUUGUAGCCGCGGGCGAUGGUGAGAGGGGUGGUGGUGAUAUCAUUGCUUUUCAUCCUGCUUGGAGGGGCGUGAUGCGUUCAGGGGAUGAGGGUCCCGGUUCCGAGGAAUGGAAUUUGAGUUGCUGGAUCCCUGAAGGCGACUCAACACCGGCGCUUGUCUCAUCUGUCCUGCGUUCCCGAUCGGAAAGAGAACAGGGGACUCUCAGAAGGGGUGGUUGGUUCCACGUGCUCGGGACCAGAUUAUGA